CAGAGACUUGUCAUUAUUUACCUCGCUGUGCUGUCCUUGUAAUGGUGUUGCUGCAUCGCUAUGCGCUUACUAGAUAGUUAGCUUUGUUUUCACUUCUCUCCAAACUUAGUCUGUAUCCGUCUGCGCGAACGAAAACGAAAGGAAAGGGUAUAGCGAGAUGUCGUCCGUGGAUAGCGUUACACAGGCGCUGGCUUACCUCCAGGUCCACUCUCCUAACGAUGGCACCUCGAUGUAUGAUCAUCUUGUAAAAUUAGUUGGCAAGAUUCUUGAAGACCAGCCAUCAAAGGCUGUCGACCUGCUUGAAACGUCUCUGCUGGUGAAGAAAUCGACGUUUGACGCUAAGGAGUCCUCGCCGCUGGUCCCCAUCCCGGUCGUCCCCGAUGCCACCCAAACGCAAGCUGCCGUCAGCAUAUUUGGGGACCCCGAGCUGCCCAUCAAUCCGCAAACCGGAGAGCCCGUGGCCGCCGACCCGCCCAACGAGUACGAGUGCGAGAACAUGAGCGCCGCCGGCAUGGUGCUGGACUGCCUGGGCGUGGGUCUGGGUCGCGAGGUGGCGCUCAACGUGGCGCUGGCCGCCAAGCGCAUCGGCGAGGACCCCAAGCUGGGCGUCAGCAGCGUGCGCUUCUUCGGCAAGUUCCUGGGGCUGUACGCGGACUACUACGUCUUCGAGGUGGCCUUCAAGCCGGGCAAGCAGCCGGGGGAGGCGCAGGCGCAGCAGGGGGCGGGGCCAGCCGCCUCCGCCGAGCCCUCCUCCUCCUCUUCUUCCUCCUCUUCCUCCUCCGCCUCCUCAGCCCCCGCCGCCGCCGCCCCCUCCUCCGCCUCCCCGGAGGAGGUCCCCGUGGAGCCGCCCGGCACCGGCGCCAACAAGUACACCUACCUGGUCUGCAGCGCCCUGGGCGGCCCACUCACCCGACUGCCCGACGUAACGCCCGCGCAGAUCAAGGCCUCCCGCCGAAUCAAGAAGCUCCUCACCGGCCGCCUCACCUCCCACGUCUCCACCUACCCCGCCUUCCCCGGCAACGAAGCCAACUACCUGCGCAGCCUCAUCGCGCGCAUCGCCGCUGCCACCAUUGUUGCGCCCACGGACUUGUUCCUGGUGAACGAGGACACCAAUGAGCUGGAGCGGUCGGAGGAUUGGGAGCCGCAGCCGGGGCGAGAGAUGGCGGUGCCGGGCGGCUGGGUGCACAUUCGUCCGCACCUCAAGUCCCAGGGCCGCUGCGAGGUGUUCAAGCGGGAGCUGCCCGAGGAUGCGGACGAGGAGGAGUUCUACAACGAGGAUGAGCUGGAGGAGGGUCCGGAGCUGCUGGCCUCCCUGGAGGAUGACGCGCAGCUGCCCGGCGAGCAGCCCGCCUGGACACCCCUCUACAGCUCCGCCUCGGAGGCCGUCAAGAAGCAGGCGGGCGGGCUGCGCAGCCUGGUGUGGCCGGGCGCGGUGUGCGGCGCGCGGGAGGCGGAGUGGACCUGCUGCUAUGUGGGCUGGGGCAUGAAGAACGCGCCGUUCGUGCCGCUGCCGCCGCCGCCCGUGGCUGCAGAGUUCGACUGGGGCGCCGUGGAGACGCAGGAGCUGGAGCUCAAGCCGGAGACACCGCCGCCGGAGGAGGAGGACGAGGAGGAGGAGGAUUGAGGAGGGAGGUUGGGGGGUGAGAGGAGUGGAGGAGGGUGGUGACGGGUGGGGAGGGCUUCCGUUGCAGGGAAGCGAGCUUGGUGUGCCUUGGAAACUAGAGGCACGGCGUGGAUGCUUAAGAACUACUCUACCCCGAUUGUACCUGGGGACUGGAAGGCGUUGGGAGAACAUGUACAUGGGGGCAUGCGGAGAAGGGGCUCAUGCGGGGCCUGCAUGUGCAGUAGUAGGUGCGGCUUUACUGUUGUUGUUGGAGCUCCCGUGUUCAUUUUGCGACAUAUGUAGUGAGCUAGUGACUGACUCGGCUGCACCCGCGGGCUGCCGGCCCCAUGUCGGGUGUGCUACGCUGCGGCUGACAUGGAGUAAGAGGGGCUACAUAGGACGUUACAUAACGACAUACCGUCAAAGCGCCACUGGGCCCUGUAACAUACCGCUAGGGUAUCG